CCAACUUGUUUCAUCUCCAAACGACAACCCUAAAAACUAAAACCCUCGCUCUUAUAAAGCUUGUCAUCUCCGCCGCUCAGUGUUGUUUAGGCAAAAAAAACACCUCCUCCUCCAAAGCAUCUAGGGUUUCUGCAUCUGUAUCUGCUUCAAUGGGAAAAGGAACAGGCAGUUUCGGUAAGAGGAGGAACAAGACCCACACCCUCUGUGUGAGGUGUGGACGCCGCAGCUUCCAUCUCCAGAAGAGUCGCUGCGCCGCCUGUGGCUUCCCUGCUGCCCGCAAGAGGACAUACAACUGGAGUGUGAAGGCAAUUCGAAGGAAGACGACUGGUACUGGAAGGAUGAGGUAUCUGCGCCAUGUCCCUCGCAGAUUCAAGAGCGGUUUCAGAGAAGGUACUCAAGCAGCACCUAGGAAGAAGGGAGCAGCUGCUUCUGCUUAAGUGGGUUAGAGGAUCAUUUGAGCGAAAUUUGGGUACCCAAUUUAUAGCUUAAGAGGGUGUUUUUAUGUGUCGAGCAAAGUUUGAAAAAAAUACAUUGAUUAAUGGUUGUUUUGACAACUCUAUUCCUUUGAGUAAUUUUGAUUUCCUUUAGUAUGUAGUUUUCUCUAAAUUUUGGAUAAUGAUGAUUGAGACCAAUGUUAUUUACGUUUUUGAUUUACUUUA